UAGUGUACGGGUGUUUGUGACUCAUCAUCAUCAUCAUAGCUCAUCAUUGUUUGUGACCGCCCACCCGCCAGCCAAUCAGUCAGUCAGUCAGUUAGUUAUUCGGCGGCAACCAAUUCGGACGGUCGGGAUUCUUUGGUGAAACGGAAAAUAAAGAGCGCGCAGUCUGUUUGAUAAGACAGUCACAACAAGCCACCGGAAACUAAAAUCGAGGAUCAUUACAGUAGUGAUCGUGGUAAAAUAUUUCUGUAAGACGAUAAGAACGGCAGCAGCUGAUAAGCGACAUUAUUGAAAGCUCAACGAAAAAUAACAACAACAAAAAUGUGCAAAUCUUUAUCAGUCUCGACAUUGUUUGUGGUUUUGGCUUUGGCCAUCAACUUCGUACAAAGUGUGCAGUUUGAAAAUUGCGCUGACGCAAACACGAUCGGGAACUACAGUUUGGUAGAGGUGUCGGAUUGCAAACUGAAUGAGCCAGCUUGUGUGCUGAAGCGAAAUUCGAAUGCCACCAUCUCCAUCACAUUUACCUCGGAGGAUGACCUGUCGGAGCUAAAAGCCGUGGUCCACGGUAUCAUCCUCGGUAUGGAGGUCCCGUUCAAGCUACCCAAUGACAACGGCUGUGUGGACAGCGGCCUAGAAUGUCCUCUGGCGAAGGACACCGAACUCAAAUACACCACCACGCUGCCGGUGUUGAAGCAGUACCCGAAGGUCGCCGUCGAAGUAAAAUGGGAGCUGAAAUCCGGCGAUCGAGAGGUGGUCUGCGUUAAAAUUCCUGCCAAGAUUCAGUGAGUUCAGAUAACGGCAACGACGACGACGACGACGAAAAUAAUGGAGCAGCAAAAACGCCGACAAACAGCCGGAGAGACGCGAUAGUGAAUUUAAUUAGAUUAAGAAUCAUUUCAAUGAACAUCCAUUUGCCAGUUCCGCUAUGACUGUACGGAGGGCUUGCAUAAGUGCCUCAACUUAAGCAGUUUUCUUUCUAUUUUUUUAUGUGUGCACGCGGUCUAUUGUUCGUCGUGAGCGGUCAACCGCCGGUGCUAGCCGUAGAUGAGAAGGUGGUGUAGUAUUGAGGCAAUUUUUCGAAUAAAAAUCCGCUUUGUUGCCGCGUGACUUGCGACUGAAAAUAA